GUUCCAGAGUGAGUCAGUAUGCCAGACUCCACUGGAGAGACAAAACCACACAGAGAUCAUGGCUCUGGAGCGGGCAGAAGGAACCGCAGGAUUUUCACCUACACUGAUUCUGAAUGCUAUAUCAAUUGGGAAGGGGUGGGUUUCUACUGAAUCUCCAUUUCUGUAAUGGUUCUGUAACCACAGACGCUGGGAGAGGGGCAGCAAGUACAGGGUGAGGAUUUACUAAUAAAUAGACAUGAAACUAAAGAAGAACAGAGUCUGGACAAGAGAAACAAAACAUUGUCAAUGCAGACACAGGAAUGAAACUGAGGAAGUGACAGAUAUAGGGGAGGCAAUCAAUGACGUGAUGGAGUCCAGGUGAGUCCGAUGAAGCGCUGAUGCGCGUAACGAUGGUGGCAGAUGUGUGUAACGAUGAGUAGCCUGGCGACCUCGUGCUCCAGAGAGGGGGAGCGGGAGCAGAUGUGACAAUUUCAUUAUUCAAAACAAAGCAUUUACCUAAUUUCUGUCCCAAAGAAACGUUAGUGUUUUAAAGCUGUUUUUGAUAUACUCAUUACAGGAUUCCCAGAGUAUGGUGACGCAGGUAAAGUCCAACCCUACCUUCCUGGCACAUAGGAUGGCCAAUGUCAGACACAGACGACAUGACAGACACCCAGUUGACGGCACCUUCCCCAAGUUCAGGCUGAUUACCUGGGAGCCCUCGGGGGACUUUAUGAAGACCAGCCACGUGGUCAACACACCUGUACAGACCAUGCACAUCAUGGGGGACCUGGGACCACCAGGCAAACUUGGCCAAAACGAGAAGGAAUGCUUGUUGUGCACGAUAAGAGCAGAUGGAAAUGGAGUGAUUACCAUCAAACCAGACUUCAACAAAGUUGUUUCAUCAGCAAAGGGCUAUCAGGAGAGCUACCCAAUCCCAGAGGGCCAUCGUGGCUUCAUCAGUGAUGCCAGACUUCUGCAGAUGCAGAGAGCUGAGAGAGAGGCUAUGGAAGUAAAGCAAAGAAAGAUAAGUGCUAUCCAUGAGAAUUAUGUCCGGACUGCUCUCAUCAGGGUUGGCAGCACCUUCGCGCACCACUUCGUCCCCUCUAUUCAGUGCAUUCCGUGCCCGACAGCUCCACCGAGGCCUUUGCCACGAAGGCUUGAACACAUAGCUCUGGCCCCACUUAAGAACGUGGUGGAGGUGGACGGAGCCCAAGUUCGACCCGGAUCUCACUCUCUGGAGUCCAUCCAGGUAAAUAAGUCAUUCAGCAGCAGUAGCGUGUGGCCUGUUCCCGUCCCUCCCACUGGAGCUCCCUCCAAGAGGGGCAAGAAGAAGAAGGGCAGGCGGGGAGUCAAAGCCCUGAAAGUCCAGUCGGACCAGGGCUGUGCUGACAACAACGGACCCAUUGACCUGAUUGAAGAGGUGAGGGACAUCGAGGCUCACCUGAAGGAGGAGGCCUGGAAGAUGUUGUUUGAUUUUGUGGGGGAGGAUGAUGCCUCGAGUGAGGUUUUUACCCUCCAGGCAGCAGCGGGCUUCGCAUCCCUGAAAAGCACGAUUAACGGGUCAUUGGAGGACUAUGGCAUUCGGGAGUCAACAACACUGUAUGUGUUGUGGUUGUCUGUGGAGGAUGUGCAGCCUUCUCUCCUUUCAUUCACCUCCUUCAUCAGCAAACUUUUCUUCUUUUCACUCCUCACCUUCUAA